AUGGGGAACUACAUUUCUUGCACUCUAUCAACAGCAGGAAGCAGCAAGCACUGGAGAGGCAUAAAGGUGAUAUUCCCAAGUGGGGAGAUUGAGCAGUUGGAAGAAGGAGUUAAAGCAGCAGAACUGAUGCUUGAGAUGCCGAGCUUCUUUGUGGUGGACACUCGGUCUCUACAAAUUGGACGAAGGUUUAGUGCACUGAACGCAGAUGAAGAGCUUGAGUGUGGUAACGUGUAUGUGAUGCUUCCCAUGAAGAGGCUUAACUCUUUGGUCAAAGCAUCUGACAUGGGUGCCUUGUUACUCACUGCCAAAAGGGUAUCUGCAAAAAAAGUGAUUCCUGCAGAGAAAGAACCUGAGUUGAAGUUGGAUUGUGACGACAUUCAAGAGUUUUCUAGCCCCGAGUUCAUGCACAGGUUGUCUAUGAGCAGGUCAAAGAAGCCUUUGCUUGAGACCAUAGCAGAAGAACCUGUGAGCUCAAGAUCAUCAUGA